AUGGCUCGCGCACUGCUGCUCCUCGCCGCUGCGCUCGCCUUCCUGGCGCCGGGCGCCGCAGGCAACCGCCGGUUCGCUGACGAGCUGCCGCGAUGGGACUUCUGGCCGCCGCUCCCGGGAGGCGCGCGCUUCACAGGCAGAUACCUGUCCUCGGAGCCGGGCGGCAUCCACUUGAAGCGUCAGAGCUUCGAGCCCGGCGACCUCUUCGAGCUGCGCGAGGACAAGCCCAGCUCGAAUGCGCUGCUGUACGGCAGCGUGCUGCUGGACCCUGUCUUCCCGGCGGAUGUGACGACAGACUCGGCCGUUCAGGCCGCGUUCCGGGCCGCCGUAAAGUCCAUCAAGACGCACGCGAACGUCCACGUGUCGCCCGAGAUCAAGGUGGCGCAAGCCACCGUAUUCCCCUUGAAGAUCACGGGCGACAACGGCGAGUCGGAGAUGUCCAUCCUGCUUGACAGCACGGAUGCCAACGGCCAGAUGUACCGCUUCACGAGCCACGUGACGUUCGGCUUCAACUUCUACUUGACGCUGGAAGACGCCAAGUUCAACUUGAGGCAUCGGGUCGUCGUGGCGCUGGACCGGGAAGCCGAGCACAAUGUCUUUCAGCACACGUUCGGCCCAUUAGAAGAAGCGGCAGACGCGGAGACGGACGAGGCGGUUGAGUGCGGUCUCGAUGGUGAAGACGAGUGCUCGGCCGCUCCUUCCGGACCGCGUAUCUUGUCGUACAAUGUCUGGAACACGAACCCUUCGUCGGACGUGUAUGGUUCGGGACGUCGGUGGCCACAGUAUACGAAGCGUCUGGACCACCUCGUCAAGUUUGUGAAUGAAGCGCGGGCUGGAAUCAUCGGCUUCCAGGAGGUGCGCUAUGACGGCGUAUUCGGAGAGCCUGGUAACCACGCGCAAGUGAAGCAUCUCGCUGAUCGCCUGCCUGGCUAUCAAUACGUUUAUCAGGCAGCUAUGAGCUACUUGAACUCGAGAGUACCCUACGAGCGGAUUGAAGAGGGCCCUGCGAUCUUCUCCAAGUAUCCUAUUGUCUCGACUGAUUAUUUAUUGCUCAGUCGCGAUCCGAACGACCCGAACGACUCGCACCAGCGGCUGUGCCUCCACGCUGUCAUCGACUAUCCGCAGUGGGGAGAGAUCGAUGUGUACGUGACGCACCUGUCGCUGAGCGAGCGAUCCAGGGAGCAGACCAAGGUUGAGAUCUGGGAGUACAUGCGCCAAGGCAAGGGCAAAACGCAGGUGCUUCUUGGCGAUCUGAACUCCGAACCUCAGUCUCUCGGUAUUCGCUUCCUCAGUGGUGAAGCCGAGCUGCUUGGCCAAACAACGGAUAUGAAAGACGCGUGGCUGGAAGUGCAUGAGGAAGCUGAGCCUCGGUCGACGGAUCCGAUAGAUCGGCAGCAUAAGUUUACCUUCCCCAGUGACAGUCCGUCCAAGCGUAUUGACUUCGUGCUGUAUCGUGGCGAAGGAAAAGUGAAGGAAUGCGAGAUCAUCGGCCAGGAGCCCACGGAAGAUACCAAGGACUACCCAGAUGAUGUUGGCAUGCUUCACCCGUCCAGCCCGAUAUAUGCGUCGGAUCACAGAGGCGUUGUUGUCGAGUUCCAGUGA